AUGAUCCUAACCCACCUUAUCAUAUCCUUAUCCUAUGCAAUCCCGAUCCUAAUCGCCGUAGCCUUUCUAACAUUGGUUGAACGAAAAAUCCUAAGCUACAUACAAGCCCGAAAGGGCCCAAAUAUUGUAGGUCCCUUCGGCUUACUCCAACCUAUUGCAGAUGGUGUAAAACUAUUUAUCAAAGAACCCAUCCGUCCCUCUACCUCCUCUCCAUUCCUCUUCAUCAUAACGCCUAUCCUAGCCCUUCUCCUAGCAAUUACAAUCUGAAUUCCUCUGCCUCUCCCCUUCCCACUUACCGACCUAAACCUGGGCCUCCUCUUCCUCCUAGCCAUAUCAAGCAUAGCGGUAUACUCAAUUCUAUGGUCAGGAUGGGCUUCAAACUCAAAAUACGCACUAAUUGGUGCCCUACGGGCAGUAGCACAAACUAUCUCUUAUGAAGUAACACUAGCCAUCAUCCUCCUCUCCAUAAUGGUACUAAGCGGAAACUACACCUUAAGUACCCUAGCCACUACCCAAGAACCAUUAUACCUUAUUUUUUCUUCCUGACCCCUUGCAAUAAUAUGAUAUAUUUCCACACUCGCAAAAACAAACCGCGCUCCAUUUGACCUUACAGAAGGGGAAUCUGAAUUAGUUUCAGGUUUCAACGUAGAAUAUGCCGCAGGCCCAUUCGCUUUAUUUUUCUUAGCUGAGUACGCAAAUAUCAUACUAAUAAACACACUAACUACCAUCCUAUUCCUAAAUCCAAGCUCACUCAACCCACCCACAGAACUAUAUCCACUAGCCCUAGCUACCAAAGUUCUUAUCCUCUCCUCAGGCUUCCUAUGGGUCCGAGCUUCUUACCCACGAUUCCGCUACGAUCAACUUAUACAUCUCCUUUGAAAAAGCUUCCUCCCACUAACCCUAGCACUAUGUAUCUGACACACAAGCAUACCAAUCUCCUACGCAGGCCUACCUCCUUACUUAAGG